GACCCAUUGCAUAUUUAAAUACCCAAAUUAGCCCUUUCGCUUCUUCACUCACUUCAUUCAUGGGUGGCGGAGGAGCCAUGAGGACGGUGGCCAAGUUGGCCGCCGCCAGGAUCAGGGGCGUGCCUUCUGUUCAGAGAGCUUCGUCGCAGACCGCGGCGGCGGCGUGGGACGACUGGGAAGUUGCAGACGGCGGCGAGGAAGACGGCGAGGGUGCGGCGAGGGUGGUGUUGGGCGAUGUGCCUAGCAUUCAGGAGGCCAAGGCAGCCACCGCUGAACUGAAACAUGCUAUUCAUAAGGUAUACUUAUCUUCAAAUUCUUCCGAAUGCGACGGUUGUUCUCUCAGUGGUCAAGUCUCUGUUGUGUCACCUUCUCAUACUGAGUUGGAGAACAAAUCUCAUUUCACUGAGGCUAUCACAUAUCCUUCAGCGCCAAACCGUGCUUUACAGGCUUUCCAAUUGCUUAGUGAAAGUCCUGAGGCCCAGAGUGUUGUAGCUUCGAUUGCUUGUGACCCGAAUAUAUGGAAUGCAAUCGCGCAAAAUCCUACGCUACAAGAUUUUUUCCAAUCACAUCAGACAGCUGAUUUUGAAGUUGAGGGAACUCAUGAUCAAAGAGUGGGAGACUUCCUUUAUUCUGACUCAGUGUAUGCAUUUGUUGAUUCUCUAAAUAUUCUCCACAACGUAAACUUCACAGUAACUGAAAUGGUGAGCAGCGUGUCAAAUUACCUUCAGAAUAUGUUCGGGUUCUUAACUGGUCAAACAUCUUCAGCGGUUAUUGAUGCUAGAGGAAAUACAAAAGCAAACUUCGUGGACCCUAUCACUAUGGGAGGAACUUUUUUGGGUUUGGCAGUGUUGGUAGUGAUGGUGAUAAUGCUGAAGCGAGCUUAAACUUCUAGGCAGAAAUUAGUCAAUUAGAGUUUGCUGAACUCUAUAAUUUACUAUGAUUAUGUUUUAUAUGAAUAAUAUUAUGUGCUAAAUAGAAAGGCCCUUAUGGGUAUAAGAUAUGAAAUUAAUUGUGCAUUACCUGUUUUUGUUCUGUUCCGAAAGCCAGCCGGUAUCGAGUUUGAAGUUUUUUUUAAUAAAUCAAAAUGUAUAGUUGGAAAAAACAUGCCAAUUUAAAUCU